CUUUCAACAAUCAAGUCGCAGACCUUCUUUUAUCUUUCAUCGCUAACCUAUCAAGCUUUUUUUGGGCUUUUCCUACGAAUCAUGGCUGGCUUCCACGAGUUAAUACCUAAUGUCAUCAAGAGGAGAAUAAACCAGAAGCGUCCUCUUAUGAAAAUCUGUCAUCCGGAUCGUGCUCCUAUCGAAGUGACAUUUGCUAUCCUCGAUAAUGCCGUUAACAGGGCCGCCUGGUUCCUCACCGAACACCUCCCUUCGGACGAGUACUUCAUAUGGAUGUCCCAGAGCGAUGCUCGUUACAUGAUAUGGAUUAUAGCUGCUAUGAAGACUGGAAAGGUCGUGGUGCUUCCGUCUCUACAUAAUCGAGUUUCUGCCAAUCUUCGGUUGUUCGAAGCGGUUGGGGCCAAGCACAUGUUAUACGGACCCGAGUCCUCAGGGACACUCGCAGAACUUAUUGAAAAGGCUAGUCCAAAUGUGGCCGCUCGUCCAGGUCUAUCUCUCGAGGAAAUACUGUCCCCGGAACCUGUUCCCGAUUUUCCUUUCAACAGGACCUACGAUGAUAUCAAAACGAAGAGGUUUAUGGGGUUACACACUUCCGGAACUUCAGGACAUCCAAAGCCAAUUUGGUGGACACAUUCCCACUAUGAAUGCCUCUUCUCUCCCCUAGAGAAGGGUGUCCUCCCUGAGGGUGUCCAUGUGGAGAGACAUACAUGCAGUACGCUUGCCAACCACGACGUUCUCGUCGUCGGAUCGCAAUCGCAUGCCGGUGCCAUGUAUAUCACUAUGGUCGCACUACAUUCAGAAAUGACAGCUAUCCUUAUGCAUCCUGACAUCCCCAUCGGCCCAGCCAGUAUUACGGACGUCAUCAACCAGUCCGGUGCUAACAGUCUCAUUUGUCCCGCCGUGCCAAUCGAGAAUAUGCUUGACUACCCACCCGGCCUCGAGGCGUUCUCGCGCCUUAAGCAUAUCGGUUACGUCGGUGGACCUAUUAACCCUGUACUUGGUGCCAGGGUUGCUAAAGUCACACCGCACUUGUAUAGUCUUAUUGGAAGUACGGAGGGCGCCUUGAUGCAUAUGAACUAUUCGCCCAACUCAGAGAACUGGGACGCGAUACGCUUCGUUGAGGUUGGCCAGCGCAUGGAAGAAGUUUUGCCCGGACUGUACGAGCUCGUCUUCCCCCGUAUCCCAACCAUUGAUCGCCUCUACUCAUAUUUCCGCUCUUAUCCGGAUCUAGAGCACGAAUAUCGAACCAAAGACUUGUUCUCUCCCGUCCCCGGCCAACCCGGAUGGUGGCGUUAUCGUGGUCGUACUGAUAACUGGGUUGCUAUGGCCAACGGCUACAAGAUGGACCCAACAGACUUCGAAGCUACGAUAAAUGCACACCCAGACGUCCGAGGUGUUAUUGUUGGAGGCUCCCAUCGCUUUAGACUUUGCAUGCUUGUUGAGCUGUACGACCAUCUACUGCCAACAACAGACGAAGAGGCGCAUGCCGCGCUUGCAAAGCUUUGGCCUACCAUCCACGAAGCUAACAAGUCCUCUCCAAAAUUCGGCCAAGUCCCCCGAGAGCUCGUCCUAUUCGUCCGCCCAGGCAAGCCAUUCUUGCGUGCUGGCAAAGGUACUACUCAGCGGCAGCUCACUUUGCAGGCUUAUGAGAACGAGAUCGAUGCGCUAUACGAGUGUGUAGAGAGCGGGAUCAUGGUUAGCGACCUGGAGCCUAUUACCUCCCUGACACCAGAGGGUUUGACACCUGUGCUCACGCAACUAUUCCAGCAGGCGCUUGACUCGCACGAUGUCGAUGCUGACACUGAUGUCUUUGCUCGCGGGCUCGAUUCUAAUGGAGUUACCCUCACUGUUUCGCGACUGAAGGCUGCAUUACGUAGCUACGGUCUAUCUGAGGAUGUUUUGCACGGUAUCCAUAUCAGCCUUUUAUAUAGUUCCACAACUGCGCGGUCCAUAGCGAAUACACUUUCCGUGUAUCUCAGUGACGACAGUGGCCAGGUCAAAUCCGAAGCCCCAGAUGGCGGCGUUUCAGACAUGUUGGCCAAGUACCUCCCCGGCUCCCAAUGCCUGGGCACUCCCCUAUCCAUCAUACUGACAGGAUCCACGGGAUCUCUCGGUACUUAUCUUCUCGCAGAACUACAGGCGCAGCCCGAAUCACACGUCCGUCGCAUUUUCUGCCUGAACCGGGCCGCAGACGCAGAAUCCAAGCAAGCUGCAGCAUUGAAACUGCGAGGCUUUCCUCCGGCGCAAGUGUCGAACGGUCGCGUAGUUUUCCUCACAGUAAAGGAUUUUGGGGCGCCAUUCUUGGGCCUAGCACCAAAAGACUACGGCGUUCUCCUGGCCGAGACUACAGCCAUAAUCCACAACGCCUGGCCCGUAAACUUCUUGCUUCCCUUGCAAUCCUUCGAGCCAUCAAUCGCGGGGCUAGUGAACCUGCUCGAGCUUGCGCAGAACGGCGCGCAGCGGCCUGCGGUACUCUUUGUUUCAAGUAUCUCGGCUGCGAUGGGCGCUGCCCGCGACGUCCCGGAGGAAGUCUUACAAGAACCGGAGGAACUAGUCUUGCGGCAGGGUUAUGCGCGGUCAAAAUACAUUGGGGAGCGAAUUCUCGACGCAUGGGCGCUAGCGGGAAUAGAAAAUAAGAGACGUGCAGCAGUCUUGCGCGUUGGCCAGGUUGCUGGUCCCGUAGCGGCAGGGGGUGCUUGGAACCCCUGGGAAUGGUUCCCAAGUCUAGUGCGCAGCUCGAAAUUCCUAGGCAUGCUGCCCAAAAGCCUAGGCACAAAUAGUCGCGUGGAAUGGGUCCCUGUCAACGAGCUAAGUAAGAUUAUCCUAGAGGUCGUUGGCGAGGUAACCUGCACCAAGGGCGAAAACGAUACUUCCUCGGAGAAAACGAAGCAAAGAGGGGCAAAGGUGUACAACCUCGUGAACCCCCACGCCGUGCCCUUUUCGGACCUAGUCCCCGCGUUACAAGAGAAAGGCAUUGCGGACGAGACGGUACCUCUCGAGACCUGGAUCGAGGCACUCGAGGGCAGCACCUUCGACCAGAAGUCGUCCAAGCGUGACAAUCCCGCCGCUAAGCUAUUGGGCUUCUAUAAGUCAAUUGUACCGCAUCACCGCGCCGACGGUGUGAAGAGAACUAUCGACGGAGAAGCUAAGAAUAGGGGCGCAGGAGGUAGUAAGGCGGGCGAGGACGACUACACCUGGCGUGUUGACAAUACCCUACACGCGAGCCCGACGGCAAGGGCGCUGAAGCCGGUGAAUACGGAAUGGAUGAAGCUGUGGGUUGAUCGGUGGGAAGAGCAUAGAGCGUAAGAAAGAGAGAGAGAGAGAGAGAAUAUUAUUACUAGAUUCAUCAAGUGUAUAUAUAUAAUUGGCUCGACAUGGCCAGGUACAAAC